GAGAGUUGGAGAACUGUCCUGUGAGCUACAAGGAUUGUUGUUGUUGUUGUUGUUGUUGUUUUUUUGUGGUAAACUUAUUUUUGAAGAAAAUUCAAUUACUUUUAUUCUGCGUGCGAAGAAAAGCGCUUUUCGUCAAAGGUGUCCAGGUGGAUCCAUUCUGCCAUGAAAGGCCAGCGUGUAUCAGAUGGUGUGCGCAGACGCUGGAUAUCUGCCACCUGUAUCCUCACCUGCCUACUGGCAUCACUACUAAUUCUAGCCGUCAUUGUGAUUCUUCAAUUUGGAGAUCUCAAACUUAGACGAAGAUCUUUUGCCACCAAUAACACAAGAGCCGUCUCAAUGACAACACAGUCUCAAGUGCGGCUGGUGAAUGGCAGAAACCAGUGUGAGGGACGUGUGGAGGUGCUCCAUAAUGGCACAUGGGGCACGGUGUGUGAUGACGACUGGGACAUGGUGGAUGCUAAUGUGAUCUGCCGCCAGCUGGACUGUGGACUUGCAGUGGCUGUGGGGAGCAGCUCCAGAUUUGGACAAGGUUCUGGCCCAAUUCUGCUGGACAACGUGGACUGUAAAGGGGGAGAGAUGGACUUGAGUCAAUGUGGGAAUCAGGGAUGGGGGAUCCAUAACUGCUACCACUAUGAAGAUGUGGCUGUUACCUGUAGAGGCAAAAAUGUUAAUGUUGUUGAGUCUCGAGCAGGCCUAGAGCCAACUACACCGUCCCGUCUGAUCUCUGGAAUAAGAGAUGGUACCAUACGAUUGGCAAGGGGUUUGGACCGGUGCCAGGGCAGAGUUGAGAUCUACUACGGGGGCAGUUGGGGAACCGUGUGUGAUGAUGAUUGGAGCAUGAGAGAUGCAGCAGUCGUGUGCCAACAAAUCAGCUGUGGACAAGCUGUCGCCGCGACUACCAACGCCUACUUCGGCUACGGGACUGGACUGAUUUUGCUGGACAAUGUGAACUGUAAUGGUCACGAGAGUAACCUGGCUACCUGUUACAGCCUUGGCUGGGGAAUUCAUAACUGUGGCCAUCAUGAGGACGCAGGUGUCAUCUGCUCAGGUUCAACUUCCACCACUGUCCCCUCUAUCAACACAGAGACUUUAGGACGAGGAUUCAUCUUUACAGAAAGCACAGCAGUGACAGAAAUGACAGUAAUGACUCAGACGACAACCACUACGACCACUGCAGCUCCGACAACAAAAGAGAAGCCAAACAUCCGUUUAGUGAAUGGUAACAGCAGCUGUCAGGGGCGAGUGGAAGUUCUCUACUUUACUGUUUGGGGAACCGUGUGUGAUGAUGACUGGGAUAUGGACAAUGCUUUAGUGGUCUGCAGACAGCUGGGAUGCGGGCCACCCAUUGCAGCCAAAUCUCUGGCUUACUUUGGCUAUGGUUCAGGUCCCAUACUGCUGGAUAACAUCGACUGUCGUGGCAAUGAGCAAAAGCUGACCGACUGCUUUAAUCUGGGGUGGGGACAGCACAACUGCGGCCAUCAUGAAGACGCCGGAGUUAUCUGUGCACCUGCUCUGCAUUUUGAGGUAAUUGCAAGAGACUUUGGGUUUGGGAUAACAGAAAAGAUUACUAAAACUACAACUGCAACUACAACAACAACGCCAGUGGAAGGUACCAUGAGGCUCGUAGGUGGGAUUCAUCGCUGCGAGGGCCGCGUGGAGAUUUACCUGAGGGGAGAAUGGGGUACCGUGUGUGAUGACGCUUGGGAUCUUCCAGAUGCCAAGGUGGUGUGUAGGCAACUGGGCUGUGGGGUGGUCCGAGCCGCACAAGUGCAGGCGUACUUUGGGCCUGGUCAUGGCACAAUCCUCCUGGACAAUCUAAAAUGCACCGGCACAGAAGCUACUCUCAUGCAGUGCUCACACAUAGCAUGGAAUGUCCACAACUGUGACCACUCAGAGGAUGCCAGCGUCACAUGUGAACUCUCAUGACUCCACCCACAGUUAGCCCCGCCCACCACUCUGGUAAAGGUUUUGACUCCAGGACUUGUAUACAUUUUGUAAAUAACACCUCAUGGCAAUCCUGUAUGGGGGCCCACA